CGGAGCCGCCGCGCUCGGGAGCCACCGGGCGGCCGCGCCCCGCUACUGCCGGCCCGGGACCCCCUCCCGGCCCCGGCCCCGGCCCCGGCCCCACCGGGCAGCGCCCCACGCAGGACCGGCGUGUCCGCGCGUGGAGACCCCACACGUCCCGGGAAGGGCGCGGGGGCGGAGGCGGGGGGUGGGGGCUGGCCCCGGGGGUGCCCAUAGGCCACCCCCCGCGCAAACCGGCCCCGCUCCUCGCCCCCGGGGUCCCUGCACACCCCCCGCCCCGGCCGGGGCCGCCGUCGGCGCAUGCGCACCGAGCCCGGUUUAAAGGUAACCGGGGGCCGCAGCGCGGCCCCGGCCUCGACCCGCCCCCGGUAACCGGCCCGUGCUCCCUGCCCCCUCCCCCCCCCCCCCCACCCGCGUGGAACGGUCCCGCGUGGGCCCGGCUCGGCCCUGCCCCGCGUGGGGGGGGGCAGCCCCUCUGCCCGUGUUCCCCUCCGGCCCCCGGGGCGGGGGAUGCGCCGCGCUGAUGGCGGCGGGGCCCCGCAGUCCCCGGGACCGCGCAGCCGGUGGCGGCCGCCGUUACGCCGUGUCGGCGGGCGGUAACGGGGCGGCGCGGAGCGGCGGGACCCGGCCAUGAGGUCCACCGCCUUCCGGGCGGCUGAGCCGCCCCGGGGGGGGCAGCAGCAGCAAGAGCAGCAGGAGGAGGAGGAGGAGGAGGAGGAGGAGGGCGCCGCCGCCGCACCGCACCGCCCGCCGCCCCGCCGGCCCCGGGACCCGCCGCCGCUGGGGGCACACAAGGGCCGCGGCGGCGGGGUGGCGGCGGCGGCGGAGCAGCAGCAGCAGCAGCAGCAGCAGCGCUGGGCCGGGCUGGUGCCGCUGGCCGGCGGCAAGCAGGCCGGCCCGGGGGAUGCCGGCGCCCGGCCGCGCUACCAGGCGGUGCUGCCCGGGCGCGGCGCCGGGGAGGGCGCGGCGGGACCGGGAGCAGCGGCGGCACCGGGAGCGGGGCCCACCGAGCCGGGCCCUCCGCCGCCGCCCGCCGAGGGCAAGUGGAAGAGCGGUGCUCGGCGCGGCGGGAUGGGGGCCGGCGGGGGCUCGCCGGGGCAGGCGGCCUGCCUGCGGCAGAUCCUGCUGCUCCAGCUGGACCUCAUCGAGCAGCAGCAGCAGCAGCUGCAGGCCAAGGAGCGGCAGAUCGAGGAGCUCAAGGCCGAGCGGGACACGCUCCUUGCGCGGAUUGAGCGCAUGGAAAGGCGGGUACAGCUGGUGAAGAAGGACAGCGAGCGGGAGAAGCACCGCAUCUUCCAGGGCUUUGAGGUGGACGAGAAGCCGGAGGCGGAGGUGUGCGAGAAGCUGCCGCUGGAGUGUCCCCAGGACCUGCUGGAGCCCCCCCCGACCCUGCAGCCCAAGCACUUCCCCUACGGCAGGAACGGGAAGGGGCAUAAAAGGAAACCAACGUUUGGGAGCGCAGAGAGGAAGACACCCGUUAAAAAACUGGUGUCUGAGUUCUCAAAAGUAAAGAGUAAAACUCCGAAGCACUCCCCGGGGAAGGAGGAAUCGGGCGGCUCCUUGUCCGAAACUGUUUGUAAACGAGAACUGCGGAGCCAAGAGACUCCAGAAAAACCCAGGUCGCUCCUGGAGACCCCGCUCCGAGCCUCAGCCCCACUGAAGGGCCCUGGUGCCCACCCCAAGGAGAAGGGCUUCUUCAGCAGUGAGACAGACGACCUGCCCUAUCUCUCAACCACGGAAAUGUACUUGUGCCGCUGGCACCAGCCGCCCCCAUCGCCGCUGCCGUUGCGGGAGCCCUCCCCAAGGAAGGAGGAGACUGUAGCAAUUCCAUCUUGGAGGGACCAUGUCGUGGAGCCCCUGAGAGACCCCAACCCCUCCGACCUCCUGGAGAACCUGGAUGACAGCGUCUUUUCCAAGCGUCAUGCGAAGCUGGAGCUGGAUGAAAAACGAAGGAAAAGGUGGGACAUUCAGCGGAUCAGGGAACAGAGAAUUCUACAGCGGCUGCAGCUCCGAAUGUACAAAAGGAAAGGGAUUCAGGAGUCGGAGCCUGAAGUUACCUCAUUUUUCCCUGAGCCAGAUGACGUGGAAAGCUUGCUCAUCACCCCCUACUUGCCUGUUGUCGCCUUUGGCCGGCCAUUACCAAAACUGACCCCACAGAACUUCGAGCUGCCCUGGCUAGACGAGCGCAGCCGCUGCCGGCUGGAGGUGCAGAAGAAGCAGACACCGCACCGGACCUGCCGGAAAUAGCAGCGCUGCCGGGAGCUCCGUACGUCACCGGGUCGCGCCGAUGGCCGCUGCCCUCCCCAGCCUUCUCGUUGACGGAUGGUUUUGUUCCUCCGUGACCCCGGUUUUGUUCUCUUGGGUUUCACAACAUGUUCCCUGGACUCGUCCCCCCGUGCCGGCAGCCGUACCCUCAGCGGCACCAGCCGGCUGCUGGCCGAGGCGUCCCACCGGCUGCUUCGGUGCCAGGGGCAGCAGGCGGACCCCAGACCCUGCCUGCCUGUCCUUGCUGCCCGCUGCGGCUCCGCGUGCUGCCCCUGCCCUCACGCAGCCGAUGUUCGGUUUGUUUUGGACACUUGUCUUUGAGCCACGGGUGCAGAGACCACCGGGGCCAGACCCCGGCAUUGGGGGGUGGCACGUUCACCAGCCGGGGAGGCCACGUCCUGCUGGGACUCUGCCUGCCGCUGCCUUCUUGUUACGUUUAGUUAGAAAACAGGAUAAGCACCAGUUUGUGUUGAAGCGGUGCGAGAGGCGGCAGCGGGCGCUGCCAGCGGGUCCCGGCAUUGCCAGCCCGGUGCCCUGCCGUGGUGAGCAGGGUGCCGGAAAGUGCCGGGAAGCCUCUUUGGGUUUUUUUUUCCCCCCUCUUGAGUGGCUGUAAUGGGGUCAGAGGGGAGAGUUUAAAAACAAAACUUUUUUUUUUUUUGUGAAAUAGAAAUCCUAUACGCACAAUUUGGGGUUUUUUAAUUUUUCUUUUUUUAUAAUUUAAAUGUUUUAAAGGUUGGCAAAGUUGUGCCGUGAGGAGUUGGGUUGGGUGAGAGCCAGCACCGUGUCCCCUCUGCCGUGGCAUCCCCUGCCCUGGCGGAGCCCCUGGGCGGCGCCGGCACCCUCCGGCACAGCCCUGGACCCUUGGUGCCUGUGCUGCUGGGCGGGUGGGGAGGGGGCUCUUGGGGGAUCGGGGGGUCUCCACACAUCCCCAGCCUCCCCUGCAGCAGAGAUUAAACAGGAAAACCGCCAGCAGAGCCGCUUCUUUUAUUAUUUUAUUAUUUUAUUUUCCCCUUUCCUGUGCCAACCCUGCGCAGCCCUUGUGCCCCCACCCCCAGUUCUGUUUCCCCACCGCCGCACCCAGCUGCUUUCAGGCACCGGGGUUACGUAGCGGAAGGAAACUUGUUUUAAAAAGUUUUUAAAAAGAACAAAAAAAAGGAAAUUUUAAAAAACGGAGGCUAGAACCCGGUUAUCGGCGGGUGCUGCAUGCGGCGGGGGGGGGGGGGGCGGAGGGGGGUCACCCGGGGACACACCCGCGCGUGUUUUUUUUUUUGUGUUGUUUUCAACAAUAAACGAGGAAAGCGGGCGCUGA